AUGAAACUUUUACUAAAUUUUAUUAUUUUAAUUUUUUCAAUAAUACAAAUAAAUGGGCAACUAUCAUCCUUUUCAUUAGAUUUAAAUACAAGAGUUAAUAUAAAUGGUCAUCCUCAUUUUAAAUUAGAUUAUUUUCCAGGAACAACAAAUACAAAUUAUAAAGGAAAUUUUAUUCCAGAUGUAGAAACAAAUACAGCAGUCAAAAAAUUUACAUUUACUCAAAGUUGCACAGUCACUAUAACAACUAAUUUUAUUACAAAUGGUUUUCUUUCACCAGCCCCAACAUCUGCAGAGUUUGUACCAGCAGGUGCUACAUUUAUUGAUGCCAAUUCAGCCUUAAUUAUUCCACAUGGCAUCACUGUUACAUUUUCUGGUACAAGUGCUGGUCUUUUCCCAGCUGUUAUUGUUAAAGGUAAAAUUGUCCUUAAUCCAUCUGUAGCCACAUCAUAUAGUGCAAUGAAAACAAUUAUUAUGCCAGGUGGUACUUUUGAAUCCAUUCCAACUCCAACUGCAAGUGAAACAGCCUCAUAUAAUCAUACAUUAAGAUUUGGUGCACAAGUUGAUUCAACUACCUUUCCAUCAUGGGACCCAAUGCAAACCAAUGCAUUAAUUUGCCUUGGUUGUACAUUUAGAACUCAAGGUGCAGUAUCCACUCCAGUUUGGUUCGGUAAUAACGCAACUACCUAUCCAUUAUCAUAUGGUGGUAAAUUUUUAAGAGACUCAACUUUCACAGAUGCUACACCAGUCGCAAAAAUGGUUGGAUCAGUUUCAGGAAAUGUAUUAUCAUAUACUCUCAACAGAUCUUUCAAUACUCUUGUCAAUAUUGGUUCAACAAUUUUAGAUGCCGCUGGCGAUUUUACAGGUGCUGGUUAUCUUUUCACUCGUACUUAUUCAAGAAAUGUUGUUUUCUUGGGUACAUAUAGAUCAUCACUUAUGUUUACUGGUAAUUCUACAGUAGAUAUUCAAAACUCAAUGUUUACAGAUGUUGGUCAUACCACCACCAGUCCAUUCAGUGAAACUGUAUUAGAUUCAUCAUAUCAAGUCACAUCAACUGGUACAAAUCCAUCAGAUAGAUACCCAAUUACUUUAUUACACAAUACUGUCGCUGUUAAUAUUCAAAAUAACGUAUUCAUUCCAAGUGGUGUUUUUGGACAAGGUUAUAACCCAAGAACAAUGAUCGGUGCUAAAAGAUCAUUUGGUACAAUUAAAAACAAUUCAUUUUUAUUAUUUGGCGGUACAAGUGGUAUUUCACUUUUACACGGUACUGAACAAUUCGAUAUUAGUCACAAUUGUUUUAUUUCAACCUAUUCCGAUACAACUAAUAUUAAUACUGCCACAUCAUUUAGAGAAUAUCCAGAUAUCAACUAUCUUAAUGGUGGUAUUAUUACAACAUCACCAUAUUCAACUUAUAACAACAAUGCAUUCGAAGGUAUUUUCAAAGGUGGUGCUAUUCAAGCUAUUCCAAUUCAAAAUAGAGCUACAACAUUUGGUUUCACAUCUGAAUAUAUUGCUGGAUCAUCAACAUUACUUCAAAAUAAUGUCGAUUAUAAAUCUAAUAACGUAUGGAAUAACCUUGUUUUUACAAAUAAUUUCUUUGCUGGUGAAACUGAAGUAAGAUUCUAUUAUCCAACAACAUUACAACCACCAUUAUCAGUAAGAUUCUUAGGUGGCUGGUUUAUUAAUCACAGAGCAUCAACAACCUUAUCUGCCAAUGUUGCCAAUGUCGAAUUAAUAUUUGAUUCAUCAAUUAUUCAAGGUACUUUAUCAAAGAAUGACGCCUACACUGGUUUAUCUUUUACAUACCUCAUUUCAAAUUCACUUAGAGGUACCUACAAUAGUGUUUCAUUAAAAAAUGUAUAUUCACCAUCUUCAUAUCAAUUCUUUUCAUCAACAUUCCAAUCUAAAUAUUUAUCAAUUAUCAAUUCAAUUUUUGCACAUUCCAACACUGCAUCAGAUACUUUCUUAUCUGGAUUUUCAUCUCAAACAUAUUUCGAAAACUUAAACUCAACUAAACUAUAUGUUAGCGGUUCAGUUUCUUCAUUCUCCCCAUUUUAUGGAUUUUCGAUUUCAUCAACUACCAAUGAAGUUGGUGCAAUUCCAAACUUUGAUAGUUCUUGGGGUUCAGGUCAAACAGUUAAACUUUCUACAAAUAAUGUUGCUCAAUUAACCUCCAAUAUUUAUACUCCACCAUAUAUUAAAUAUAUUACACCAGUUACCCAAACACCAACACCACCAUCAUCAGGUCAAUUCCCAGUUGUUGCCUCUUCUGCUGCUUCCACUACUGCUUAUGGUGGCUCAUACUUUGCUACUACACUUAAAUUAAAUGCUGGUAGUCUUAACUUUUAUCUUGGUAUCAAUUUAACACCAGAUGUAUCAGACACAUCAAGAGCUUUAUCAAUCUUUGGUAAAUCAUGGACUAAAUGUGGAUGGAUCAAUUCAAUUUGCUCAACAACCGGUACAUUGUCUAAAGUUGCAACCACUCCAACAUCAAUCCAAGGUACUGCUGCUGAUGUUAUUACUGCCGUCGAUGAACUUUCAAUGUUGUCAUCAUAUCUUAUUAACACUGUUAGUACAUCUGUAAACAGUGUUGUUAAUGUUGUUCUUCCAGCAAGCUCAAUGUUCAGAUUUUACAUUUAUACCUAUAAUCCAUCCUAUACUAGUGAUACUGUUAAUGCACUCCCAAGAUACGGUAUUAAAGUUAAUGGCAAAUAUCAAGAACCAUUCACUCAAUCAAUGUCUCCAUAUCAAAAAUAUCAAAAAAUUGGUCCAUUUUAUUGGAACAACGAUUUAACCACCACUCAAGCACUCUCUAUCGAAUGGGCAUACGAUAAUCUCAAAUUUGAAAUUCCAAUUUGUGGUAUUGAAAUUUACUCAAGUAUCUCAACUCCAUAUACUAUUCCAGUCGGUACAAGUGGUGCCGAAUAUACUCCAGGCGAAACAAUUGCUAGCGAUAAUGAAGAAAACGAACAUUCUAAUUCCUCUGCCCCAUCAUUAAAUAAUCACUACACCUUUAUAAUAUUAGGUUUAUUAAUAUUAUUUAUUCAAAUAUAAUUAUAAAUUAUAUUUUUAUAAUUUCUGUAUAUAAAAAACGAUCAAUACCAUUGCCGACUUUGGUACUAUUAAAAAAACACGCGCCAAAUAUAAAUAAAUAAAUUUAUAAAAUAUCAUAAUUCCUUUUACUUUAAAC